CUUACUCACAACUCACAAGCAUAAGUUCAACUGAAACGCCGACUACUCUCUCUCUCUCUAACAAUCUUUUCCGUUCACCUAAUACAUUGGUAGCUCGAAUUACAGGCGAUAAUUGUCUGUUUGCCGUCUCUGCAAAUUUCUGCCUAGGUUCCUCCGUCACUUCAAAAACUAAAACCAACUCCUAAUCUCCAAUGACUGUGGUCAAAGAUGCGGAACAAGAUUUCAAGCCGCAGAAGAAGAAAACAUCUUCUGACGAGGAUGAUAAGAGGAGAAAAAAGAUGGUUCCAGGAGGUUUGAUGAAGGCUAUGAUAAGACCAGGCGGUGGUGAUGCUAUGCCUUCUGAUGGUGAUCAGGUCAUAUAUCAUUCUACUGUUCGUACUCUAGAUGGGGUGGUUGUUGAGUCUACUCGCUCAGAAUUUGGUGGCAAAGGCACUCCAAUAAGGCAGGUUUUGGGUAAGAGCAAGAUGAUAUUAGGGCUGUUAGAAGGACUUCCAACAAUGUUGAAGGGUGAAGUUGCAAUGUUAAAAAUGAAGCCUGAAUUGCAUUAUGGUGAGGAUGAUUGUCCAGUCUCUGUUUCAGAUAGCUUUCCCAAGGAUGCUGAACUUAAUUUCGAGAUCGAGUUGAUAGACUUUUCUAAAGUCAAGGUUGUAACCGAAGAUUUUGGAGUAAUGAAGAAGGUUUUACAUGAGGCACAAAGUUGGGAGAAUCCACGAGAUCUUUAUGAAGUAAAAGCCAGGAUUUCUGCCAAGUUGGGGAAUGGACAAUCACUUCAGUUACAUAUGAAAGGCGAACCAAUUCUGUUUACUUUUGGAAAAUCCGAGGUACCUAAAGGUCUUGAAAUGGGUAUAGGAACAAUGUCACGUGGUGAGAAAGCAGUGAUCUAUGUAACAAGUCAGUACUUAAGUGAAAGCCCACUUUUGCCCUCUGUAGAAGGUAUUGAAGAAGCUCACUUUGAAGUGGAGCUCAUCCAUUUUAUUCAGGUGCGUGAUGUGCUAGGAGAUGGUCGUCUAAUCAAACGUCGAAUAAGAGAUGGAAAAGGUGAAUUUCCUAUGGAUUGCCCUCUUCAAGACAGUAGACUGCGUGUCCAUUACAAGGGCAUGCUUCUUGAUGAAAAAAAGACAGUUUUUUAUGAUACAAAAGUUGAUAAUGAUGGUGAACCUUUGGAGUUUUCCUCAGGGGAAGGGCUUGUACCUGAAGGUUUUGAGAUGUGUGUUCGGCUGAUGUUGCCUGAAGAGGUAUCACGUGUCACCUGUCCUCCUGAUUAUGCAUAUGACAAGUUCACCAGGCCAGAUAAUGUUCCUGAAGGUGCUUAUGUUGAAUGGGUGAUUGAGCUUCUUGGUUUUGAAAUGCAAAAGGAUUGGACUGGUAUGGAUUUUAGAGCUAUUAUGAAUGAUGUUGAGAACACGAAAAGCACGGGUAACAGACUAUUCAAAGAAGGGAAAUUUGCUCUUGCCAAAGCCAAGUAUGAUAAGGUUCUACGUGAAUUCAAUCAUGUAAAUCCUCAAGAUGAUGAGGAGGGAAAAGAGUUUGCAAAUACAAGAAAUCUGUUGAAUCUGAACGUGGCUGCCUGCUACCUGAAGAUGGGGGAUUGUAGAAAGUCAAUUGAGACGUGUAAUAAAGUAUUGGAUGCAAAUCCUGUCCAUGUGAAGGCACUUUAUCGUCGAGGAAUGGCAUACAUGGAGACUGGCGAUUUUGAGGAAGCAAGAAGAGAUUUCAACAGAAUGAUGAGCAUAGACAAGUCAUCCGAAGUCAAUGCAAAGGCAGCUCUUCUUAAACUGAAGCAAACAGAACAGGAAGUAGAAAAGAAGGCACGCAAACAAUUUAAAGGACUAUUUGACAAGAAGCCUGGAGAAAUAUCAGAGGUUGGGGUAAUUGAAAAUAAAAAUGAUGAUGAUGAUGCACAUGAACCCUUGAUUUCUGAGCAGGACGAGGACAUUGAUGCACCAGAAGAAGUUCCUGCUCCUGCUCGCAUGGGAUCAUUUUCACGAUUAUUCACAAGGGGUAUGAAUCUAUUCAAGUCUUUGGGGGUAAACAGAUGUUCCAUUUUGUAAUUUCUAUUUCUAUACAAUAAUAUAUGCUAUAUUACCAACAACUCACUCAUGUCCAACCCAAAUCCUACAUCUUAUCCAUAAUUUUAAUCUUUUAACAUUUA